AAUCAGAGCGACGGACCCAAACUGCAGCUUUGCUUCCAGUGCUGUCUCCGUCCUGGACAGGUGCUCUGCCUGUUUUGAUGGGAUUCAGGCUUGCUACAAAUUUUGGAGAAAGGAGGAACUAGUUUUCUUGUUGCAAGAGACACACACAAGUGAAAGACGAAGAUGGAUUUCUCUGAGGAGGAGCAGAUGUACAACCAGUCAUUCAUGACAGUAAUGUCAGAUGUCAACCAGACCACCCCAGAGUACUAUAAUUAUGACAUGGACGUGCUUGAACCCUGCACAUUUAACAACAGCCUCUGGGUGCAAACGGUGGUCGGCCCGUACAUCAACUCCAUCAUCUGCAUCCUGGGCUUCGUGGGGAACAGCCUGGUGAUUGUCACUUACGCCUUUUACGAGAAGAUCAAGUCAAUGACGGACAUCUACCUGCUCAAUGUGGCCAUUGCCGACCUCCUGUUUGUGCUGGCGCUGCCUCUGAUCAUCUACAACGAGUUUUCGUCAUGGUCGAUGGGGCCGGUGGCCUGCAAGCUGCUGCGCGGCUCAUACAGCAUCAACUUGUACAGCGGCAUGCUGCUGCUCGCCUGCAUCAGCAUCGACCGCUACAUCGCCAUCGUCCAGGCUCGCCGCAGCUUCAGGCUGCGCUCGCUCUCGUACAGCCGCGUCAUCUGCUCCAUCGUCUGGAUCUUCGCCAUACUGGUGUCCGUCCCCACCUUUUACUUCUACCAGUGGUACGAGCCAACCCACAACAGUGAAUACUAUAUGAUGGAAGAUGAGGACUUUGAGACAGAUGAACCUUCGCAGUACGUCUGCGAGUUGAGGUUUUCAGAUAGCAACAUGGCCCGGACGACCAAGGUGGCCGUCCCCAGCACCCAGCUGGCCGUGGGCUUCUUCCUGCCACUGUUCAUCAUGAUCUUCUGCUACACCGCCGUCACCGUCACUCUGAUGAAAGCCAAAAACUUCCAGCGACACAAAGCAGUGCGGGUGGUGCUGGCAGUGGUGGUGGUCUUCAUCGCCUGCCACCUUCCCUACAACGUGGUGCUGCUGUACGACACUGUCAACAUGUUCGAGCAAGCUGAAUGUGAAGACUUGGACAGACUGCAGACUGUCCUGAUGGUGAUGCAGUCCAUCGCCUACCUGCACUGCUGCCUGAACCCAGUGCUGUACGCCUUUGUUGGGGUGAAGUUCAGGAACCACUUCAGGAGGAUCUUCCAGGACCUGUGUUGUCGGGGUAAGAAGUACAUCGCUCCACGCCGCUCCUCCAGGGUCACCUCAGAAUUCAACAAGUUCGCUGCUUGUGACUUGAUGGACGGAUACAGCGAGAAUGACUCCUUCACCAUGUGAGGACGUCCAGCGGACGGAGCUCCGGAAAAGAUCUUUUCUGAAGUCUAAACUUGACUUAUGUAUGUAAAUCAUGAUUGUAACAAUGUGGUUCUUAUUUGAGGGAGUCACAAAAUACAUCUCAGCAAUUAUUGGAUGGUUCAGAAGAUAAGAAACAAGAUGGAUGACUUUUAGUAUUAAAGUAUGACCUGAACAUCCUUGUUUUGAGACCGCUUCAUCAUGACUCAAAGUUUACUCAGGAAAAUUCUAAAGCACCAGCUGAUAUAAAUUCAAAAUAAGAUUCAGUUCAGAAGUUCACAUGCGCACAAAUAAUUAAGACAGUUGAGAAGUUCUAUUUUUUCUUUUUAUGCAGCGUUUUCUGUCAGAUUUACCUGACCUGCCUGCUCAGAGGUAUUUCACAUGAAGAAUUUUCAAAAAAUAGAACCUUCCACAUAGUUUUCUGUGUUAAUCACUUUAGACCAAACGAAGCAGUUAGAUCAAGCACAGCUUGACUAGUACAAAUUAAAACACAAAGUCAACAUUUUCCCACAUCAAGACAAGAGUAUCAAAGAUUGCAGAGCUGGUGGUGAAAAUGUAGCAUAAAUCUCAAGCAAGUUGGAUUAUAGAUAGUCAGAUGAAAAUCAGUCUUUUAAAACAUGAAAAAAAUCUCAUUAGCUAAAACAAAAAACAGAACGUUUAAAGUGUAUGUAAAAUAUUGUAUGCGUUCAACAAAAACGCAAAUGCUUACUGGGACAAAGCAGACAUUCUUUGGCUAUCUGUCAACACGCAGCUUUUACUUGUUUACUUUUGUUCUAUGUUUUGUGUAUUGUUGUGAAGCAUGGAGAUAUGAGAUCCCAGAAUCAGCCACAAAGGGGAGACUCUGACAGAACAACAGCUAAAUAAGGGAACAUUGUGAUAUAACUGUGAUUUAGGAUCAGAUUAUGCCAUAACCUAAUGAAUGUGUUUGAUCUAACCAAGUGUCUAUUUCUUACAUUCUUUAAUGUUGAAACAGUGUAGAGGUCAGAACAGCAGCUCACUGUGAAAACUGAUGUUUUUGAUAGAUUUGACUAAAAAGAGGAACUUAUGCUUUAUGAAAUGGGAAUGCUUUUAAGAGUUUUGAUUACUAUUAAACUGAGAUGUUUUAGAAAGAGGUUUGACUACUGUUAAAAUAAGAGGGUUUUAACCUGGUAAAGAGGUGAGAAGUCACGAGUUAAGUGAACUAGGGUCAAAUGUUCACCGUAAAGACUGCUAAACUCAAAAUAGAUUGGAUUUUUUUAAUAAGUCUGUACACAUUGUCCAAAAGAUUGCACAAUGGGAUGCCAGCGACAGUUAGAGGCUGACAUCCGCUUUUCCAUUUCCUGAUCAGGAGCCUGUGCUGAGUUGCAGACAGGAGAGAUCAGGGGGGGCAAGAUGGGCUGUCUGGACAGUCCAAAACAGACAGUUUCAGUUCCUUAAAAGUGGAGGUGAUCAUGCGGUCAGUGUAUGGGGCAAGUGUGCGAGUUGGGAGGGGGUAGAGAUGAAGUUAUUGCUCAAGUUAAUUUAGUAUGAGAUCAUGGAGUCAUGGCAUAUGCAUAAGGUUCAGUAAACUAUAAAUUGCAUCUGAUCGAGACGCAAGUUGGGAGUCGUUGGGUGAUAGUCGCUUGAUGCAAACCAGGGUAGAAAUGCCCUGAGCCUAGGGGGAUUUUACCAAGUAACUCGGACGGGGAUUCAACAUGAUCUGCAAAGGAAUAACUGUUCUGAUGGAAUUAUGGACCAAAGUACUGCGUUUCCUGCAGUGUUGGAGGAUUACAGAACUGUGAUCUGGAAAUAAUGCUGUCUGAAGGAACAUUGCUGAACUCUAUUUUCCAUGUGAGGAAUACUGGACCAAACAACAAAAAUGGAUAUAUGCAGAUCUAAAUCUGGUCGGACCCUCGUCCACUUCCCCCUGGGCCCCGGGGGGUCUCAAACACUUGUCGGGUCUCAGGUGAGCAGCCAGGUGUGGCCACACCGUGCUGCUCUCCCUCCAAAUUAUGUAAUCUGGGUGAUUAUUGCUUCUCUUUUAUGAAAGCAUGGUUCCACUUAUGAGUCGUGUUAAACAAUUGAAAGAAUAUUGAUGUUUGAUUAAUUGUCUGAUGAUUAAGAGCUAUUGCUACGCCCUUGCUAAAUAUAUUUUAAUAAAGCAUUAUUCUGCAAUUAAAGACAACAAAUUGCAA